AUGUAAUCAGGAUAACUGUUGAAUCUGUAGAGAUUAGAACGAUCUUAUUUAUAAACACUAUCUUAGAAUGGUUGGGAAUCUCCACUUGUAGUCAAUGCUGCUGUAGAAUUUGCAAAUACAUUGAUCAAAGAUGGAAGAAUACUUUUGAAAUAGGGAAAUAAUACAUAAGCAGAAAUGUUUUUUAAUAGAGCAAAAGAGGUAUUGGAAUAAUUAGAAUCUGUAGAUUACUACACCAAUAUCAAUAACAAGUGGAAUAUUUUAUACAAAUACUUUUGUGAAAUCAAGAGGACAUGCAAUACUCUAAAUAUCAUAAUUAUAUGAAUAACAAGGAUAAUUUUAAAAAGCUUGGAUGAAUCUAAGAGAUGUAUUGCCUUUUAUGGAAAAAUUCUCAUAUACAAAAAGAGUAAAUAUUUGUGAAGAUGAUAAGUAAGUAUUAAAAUUAUAUACAUAAUUACUAUUUCAUGGUAGUGAAGUAUGUAGAAUGAUGCAUCGUAAAGAUGAUAUGUUAGAUUAAUGUAAUAAAUUAGUUGACAUUUUGUAAAGAUUGGGAAUUACAUUUGAUUCUUUACGUACUUUAACAAAAGAGGAAUUUCAUUAAGAAUAUAAAAAAUGGUUUAUGAUGUUAGCAAGAGCAUUCUAUUAUAUAGGAAAAUCUCAAUUUAAAGUUGGAUUUGAAAGAGAAUCAUUAAGAAAUCUAUACAAAGCUUGGUAAAUUUAAGAAUUAAUAUUUGGACCUGAUGCACCAGCAACUAUGAAAGCAAGAGAUAAAUAUGAGAAAUUAAGUUAAAAGAUGGAAUUUGAAAUGAUUAUGGGUUAAGAGAAAGUAGAUUUUCAAUAAUUCAAAGCUGAUCUUUAAAAAGAUGUUGGAUAAGAAUUAUUACGUAAAGUUGUUACAUUAAAACCAAAUAAAAAUUUUGAUGUAUUAUAUUUAUAUUUAAUAUUGAUAGCAUCAUAUGUAAACAUAAGUGAAAUCUUAUCAAUAAAUAGUUAGAUAAUUGUCAUCACAUUCAACUAAAUAUUAAAUGCCUGAAUAUAUUAAGAAAGUAAGAUAAGAAUAUGAAGAGAAAUUGAAGACUAUUUCUAAUUAAUAAUAAAUAGAUGAAUAUUAAUAACAAUAAGAGAAAACUUUUCAAAUAAAAAAUAAAAAACUAUCAUCCAGAGCAGCAUCAACUUAUAUGAAUUAAUCAUUACUUCCUUAAGAUAAAUUGUUCUCUCCUAGAUUAUCUUUGAUAGCACAUUCUCAAAGAACAAGUUUAAUGAAUGAAAAUUAUAUGGAUAAAUUGAAGUAUUAUUUAAUUUAAAUUAAGAGUUCAAUUAUAGGAAGCUUAACUUAAAACAGAACCUAUUGAUGAAAUGAUGCUUAUAAGACCUCAAUUCAAAUCUGAACAUCUUCAAUUAAAAAAAAAGACUAAUAAAUAAGGAGAUCAAAAUGAAUAAUUAAUUUCUAAUAAAAAGAAAAUCAAAUCUAAUAGACUUAUACCUAGAAUGUUAAAUAAAUAAAAUACAUAAAUGUUACAUAAUAAAUCUGAUACAUAAUAAAGUGAGUAGAAAUUACCUAAAAUGUAGACAGUUUAAGAUUUAAAUAUGCAAUAAUAAUUAGAUGAAAUGAGAGUACCCACAACUGAAUCAGUAUUGGCUUAAUAAUAAUAAUCUCCUUAAUAAUAGGUUCUUAUACCUUUAUUAUAACAUAUGUAAACUGAAAUUACUGAAUAAAGUGAGAAUCUCUAUAAUGACUUAUUAAAUAAGUAUUCAAUUGAAUAAUUAAAUUUGGCUGCAAAAAUCAUUUAAUAAUAUUUUAGAAAAUAUAAAUGCAAUAUAAGAAAAAUUAAAACUAUUCAAACAAUUGAAUUAACUCCUUUGGCUACAUAAAAACCAUAAAGUCAAACAGCAUGUAGUGAUAAAUUAGAUAGUAUUCAAACAAAUAGAACCACAAUGAAAGUUUCAGUAAAAGAACUCAAGAAUUCUAUACGAAAGGGAGGAAGAUUUGAUUAGAUUGUUAGAGAGAUCAAAAAUAAUGAAGCUGAAUAAAUCAGUACAAACAAAGCUAAAACAGUAAUAUAUAAUUAUAUCAUAUAUUAGUUAAUUUAAAUAAUUGUAGAUUUUUAUAAUCUUCCAGAUUAAGAUAUGUACUUUUUGGGUAAAUUAUUCUUUGAUGAUGAAAUCAAAAUCUGGAAAUUAUCUAAUAUUUCAAUAUGUGCAUUUAGUGACAAUGGAUAUUCUAGUAAUUAGACUGAUGAAGAUGAAUAAAUAUCAUUUGUAAACACUCCUUCAUAAUUAAGUAAUAUUUAUAUAUAUAUAUAUUGUAGGACAUUAAUUAUAACAUAUAAUGAAUAUAUUUACUGAAUAAUAAUCUAUUAUUGCAUUGUAAUUGAUAGUCUACUUUACAUUAUAAAAUGAUGAAUAGUAAUACAAUUUGAAUUUCAAAAUCAAUAAUUUUGUUAGCUAUCUUGAUGAAUAUUAAAGAUGGUUUUCUAAAGAUCGUUUAGAAAAUUUCAAUGGUCUCUUAAGUAUAUACUGUAAAUAAUAAAAUCUCUAUGAACCAAACAAUUGUAAAACUAUAGUAUUCUUAAAAACUGAUUUUGCAUAAUAAAUUAUAGCCAAAUUAAUGUAUGCUCUUAAAAAUCAUUAUUAUCUUAUAAGAUCUGUAGUUGGAUAUAAAUUAGUUUCAAUGAAAGAUGCAAUUAAUAAAAAAUUACUUGAUUAUAUUAUUGAUAUAACUAAAUGUAAUAGAAAUAAAAAGAUUUAAAAUGAACAAAAAAGAAUUAUGAUUCUUAAACAAUUUAAAAAUGAACCUAUUAAAUUAAUUAAACAUCAUCAAUAAGAACAACCAAUAAUUACUUUGUCUACAUAACGAAGACAUUAAAUAUUAAUGGAUGAAUAAAGCAUUGUUAUUUAAGAAUCUGAUGAUAAUAAAUCUGAAUAUUCACAUGAAAAUGCAUCUUAAUCAGAUUAAAAACGUCCAUCUAUUAAUGUUAAAUCAAAUGAUAAUAGUUCUGAAAAAGAUUAAGUUAGAUAAUCUCCUUUAAGACAUCCAAAAAAAUAAUAUACAACUAUCAAUAAUAGAAAUACAAUGAUUAGUCCUAGAAAUACACCAAUUAUUUCUUCAUAAGCCUUAAUUAGAAAUAGUAUGGCUCCAAAAAUGGGUAGUCAAUUUUCUGAAUUUGCUAAAAGAUAAUAAUAAAAAGAAGCCUUCGAACCUCCUUAAUCUAAAAAAAGUUUAGAAGAUUUGUAAGAAUAUAAGGAUAGAUCUUAAUCUGAAGUUCAAUUAGUUUAAGAAUACUUUCCAGAAUUUUAAUUAGCAAAUUUAGAUGAUUAUUAAGAUUAUUCACCAAAAGAAGGUCCUAUUAUUAAAUUAAAUGCUAAUAUGAAUAUGGAACCUUACUUUCCUCCUAAAGGUAUUAUCAUCUAACCAGAACCUGAAGAAUAUAUUAAUGAAUAUCCAGAUAAUUAUGUUGCACUUAAUUUAAUAUUUAAAUAAAAUAAUACUAUAUUAAUUGGAUAUGUUUUAAUAUAAGAAUCCAAAGCCUUCCUUGUUACAAAUAAUUAAGAUGGUAGUAUUAACAAAAAAGAAAUAAACAUUGAUUUUGGUGUGAGAUUACCCAAUAGAAGAAAGAAAUUAGAAAUUAUCAAUAAAUUAAUUCAUACAGAAAAAUAAAAGAAAUUAUCAUUAAUAUAAGAAUUAUAAACAUAUGACUUUAGACAUACAUUUAUUUUAUUAGAUAGAUAUGUAAAAAGAAUUAAUCACUAUGAUGAAUUCAUAUAUAAUGAAAUUUAUUAAUAAUUAUAGGCUGGUUAAUUAUUACCUUUGACUGAUAUACAUAGUUUAAUUUAUUCAGAGAGAAUGGCCUCUUUAGUAAUUGAUUAAUAAGUAUCUUAGACAGAGACUGAAGAAGGUAUUCAUUUAUCUAUUGUAAAUGAAUCUAAUUAAUAAAAUUAUGAAGAGAAUGUUUUAAAUGGAAAAUCAUUUAAAAAUUAUAGAAGUAAAUUUAAUAUUAUAAAAAAUAAAUUUUAUUUCAAAGAUACUAAUUCAUAUUUCAGAGUUGAAGUAUGUUUCAAAGAAACUAAAGUAUUUGAUACUAAAUUAUUAUAUUUAAGUGAUUAAUAAGCUAAAUAAGAUUUGAUUAUUCUAAAAAAGAAUAUGCAUGAAUUAAUUGGUUUAAAAAAACUAUAAAUUAAAAUUAGACUAUAUUACCCUAAUCAAAGAUUAACAUAUUAUAGAACUGUACAUUAACUAUAAGAUGUUGAAAAGAUAUUACAUAUUUUUAAUAAACCUUAGAUGAUUGGUUAAUAAAUUAGAUCAUAAUCUAAAAUUUAACAUCGAUUAAUAGGAAAAGCAUUACAAUUUAAAAAAUAAUAAAUUAGUUUAGAAGAAAGAAAUAGAGAUAAAUAUAGUGCAUUAGAUCAAUUUUUAUUAAUGUACAUAUCUGAUCCAUUGUAAUUUAUUAGUAAUGAAAAUCAAAGACUUUUAAAACAAACUAUCCUUUUUUAUUAUUUCAAAUAACAAUUAAAAUUAACUUUAAUUUCAUCAAGUCGUUUAAGAUAUUUUAUGAAUACUUAUUUUCUUAGAAAAACAUUCAAUGCAUAAAGUAGAGUCAGUAAUAUUGGAAAAGUAUUUGUGGAAUGUGAAGUAUAUUAAUUCAAUAGAUUUUAUUUUGAUCAAGAAAAUGGUGAACAUACAUAUUUUUACUUUUAAAUUACUCCAUAAGAAAGUAGAACAAAAAUAUUCAAAUUAGUUUUGGAUCUAGCAGACAUCAAAAGUAUUUGUCCAAAAGUUGCACUUCAUAAUUGUUUUCAUGAUAAGAUAUUACAUGAUGUUCUCAAAAUAUUGACUGCCUACUUAAUUUGUUAUAGAACUAAUACAUAUCAUGGAAUAAAGAUACCAUUAUCUUAUAUCAUUAAUCAAUCAAAAUAUGAUCUACAUAAUACAUUUACUGAAGUUACAUAUGGAAGUAAUAUCUUAGAAGAAUAAUAAAAUGUUAGAUCAUCUUAACCUAAAUUAUCUAUAUUAAUAAAUGAUAAUGUUUUUCGUAAGAAAUCAUAAACAUAAAUGAUGGAUGUUUAAAUUGACAAUUUAUAAUUACCAGCUGAAGCCAGUAGAAUUUUAAAGAAUACAUCUAUGUUAACACCAGUAUUUAGAGGAUAAAAAUUUAUAUAUAAAACUACAAAAGUUGUCAAUUCUAUGUAUGUUAUUAUAACUGUCUCAUAUUUGUCUAUGAAUAAAUUUUAAAUUGGAUUGUAUAUUCCAUAAACUUGUAGGAAUUUUAGUUGUUAUAUUUAAUAGAGUGAUUUCUAAUAGAUGAAUCCAGAAUUUUUAGAAUCUAUCUUUCCAUCAUGUUUAGUAACUAAAGAAACUAUUGAUUAAUUUUAUAUAAAUAGAUGGAAAUUCUCUGAAAUGAGCAAGAUUUAUUAAAUUGCUGUCAAUCAUCCUGAUGAAUUUGAAGAUUUUUAUAGUGAAAUGAGAAGUUAAGCAAGAGCCAUACCUUAAUUGGAAUUAUAGAAAUUAACAGAAAGCAAAGUAUCAAUUAAUAAUGAAGAUGAAUUACUUGAAAAACCUUAUGAUGAUACACCUAAAUUACUUGAAUCUUUCAGUGAUUAAAGUAGAUAGAAUGUAAGAUCAUCAACAUAACCUCCAAUAUUCUUAAAAAAAUAGAUUGCCAAAUAAUAUAGUGUAUAAAAUUCAAUUGGAAAUCUAAAUCCAAUGCGUUUGUCCUUACCUACCUAAUAAUAGAAUAUUCCUCGUGCAGAUAAAAGUCUCUUCUUUAAACAUAGUCCAAGAAUCUCAAAUUAAGGAAGUAUGGAAAAUUACUAUUAAAGUGAUAAGGAUCUAUUUUUUAAUUAAAUACUUGUAAGAAAAAAUAAUCUUGAUAUGAUUUCUACAUUUGAAAUUAAAAUUUGGGAAGCUCUUAUGAAUAAAAUAAUUAUUACCAAAAAUUCUUAAAAUCAUUUCAUUUUUAAUCUUGACUCUUUUUAAGGUGUCUUAAGAGAAAAUCUAUAUACUUAAGUAGUUUAUUUGGGAAAUGAAGUAAAUGCUUUAUUUGAAGUUUUUGUCGAAAAUGUUCGUAAACCAUUAGAUAUGUUUAAAGUGUGUGUUCCUAUCAGAUUGAAUGAAAGCUAAAAUUUUUAACUUUAUCAAAGAAUUACAUUAUUUGAAGAACCUAAAGUAGUUAAUUUUAAAUUAAUGUUACGUAAGGUUUUGUAUAGUUAUUAUUAUGAUGAGAGAAGAAAUCUUUAAAAUCUUAAACUAAAAGAUUGUUUUGUAGAUUCAUAUGAAUUCAUAUAAUCUGAUAUUUAAAAAUGUUCAGUUUAUAUGUUAAAUAAAUUAAAAAAGUAAUUAAAAUUGAAUCCAAGUACAUUCAUUGUUCAAGAUGUUUUAGGAGAUGAAAAAUGUCCUUAAUUAAUAAAAGUAAAUGCUAAUUAUAAACAAUAUGCUGCAUUUAAAGUAUAUUUUAUUUUUUAUUAUAGUAAUAUUAAUAUGUUUUAUUGAAGAGAAUGAUAUUUACAAUGAGACCAACAUAGAUUUAUGUUUCAAUUUUUUAUUAAGAAAAGAGAAAAAAGUUUCAUUUAUAUUUUUAGAGUAUGAAAAAUUGUAAGAAUGUUACAAUAAAAUACUCUUUAAAAGAAAUUUAGUAAUGUAUUCCUAGUGCAAUCAGUUUACUCAAUUUAGGAUUGCAUUAGGAAUUAGGUAAAAGAAUAUAUCAGAGUUUCAAAAAUAGGCUAUUAGUUUCUACUUAUUAAUAAUUGUUAUGAAUUUUUAUUUAUUGAUUUAUAUAUACUAUGUAAUAAGAUGAUAGUUAAACAUAAAAAGAGGUGACCAAACCAAAAAAUAAGGUUAAAAAAAGCAAAGAACAAUUAAUAAUUAAUGUUUCCAGUACAAAUGAUCUACAUAUCUCCUUUUAGGCUCCCAAUACCCGGUGAUACGAUAUGUUGGUAAAAAAAUGUUAAAUUGGAAAAUUUAGAAGGAUGAAAAUGCAACUAAUUGGGAUGUAUGGUGGACAGAUGGAGCUGUCUUUUCUGAUCUUUUAGGGAGAAUGAAUUGUAAUUCAUAAAUCAAAUAAUUUAGCUUAUCAAAAAGUGAAUCAUUUUCCAGGAAUGUAUAGUUUAGCUCGUAAAAAUCAUUUGGGAAGGAACCUUAUGAAGAUGCAUAAAUAGUUUCCUUAAGCAUAUAAUUACUUCCCUUAUACUUGGUUAUUGCCAGCAGAAUUAAGUGAUUUUAGAGCAAAUAUUGGCAAGAACAGAACUUUUAUCAUCAAACCUGAAGCAUCAUGUCAAGGUAAAGGGAUAAUGUUGGUUAAAGAUGCUGAAGGUCUUUCGAUUCAUGAACAUUAUGUAGCAUAAAGAUAUUUAAGUAAACCUUAUUUAAUAGAUGGUUUAAAAUUUGAUCUUCGAAUUUAUGUAUUAUUGGCUGGUUGUGAUCCUUUAAGAAUUUAUAUCUUUAAAGAAGGUCUUGCUAGAUUUGCAACAGAAUUAUACAAAAAACCAGGCAAAGACAAUUUAGAUAAUAUUUGUAUGCAUCUUACAAAUUAUGCUGUUAAUAAGGAUAAUGAGAAUUUUGUAUUUAAUUAGAGUGAUAAAUAAAUGGAUGUUGGACAUAAGAGAAGUAUGACUAGUGUUUUUGAAUUGUUAAAAAGUAGAGGUGAGAAUGUUGAUUAAUUAUGGAAAACAAUUAAAAAAAUGAUGAUUAAAACAUUUUGUGCUGUAUAACCUAUUUUAGCUCAUUAAUAUAAAUCUUGUUAACCAAAUAAUCAUAUGAAUAAUAUGUGUUUUGAAGUCUUAGGUAUGGAUGUUAUUUUGGAUCAUAAACUUAAACCUUAUUUAUUAGAAGUCAAUCAUUCUCCAAGUUUUACAACAGAUACUCCUUUGGAUGCAACUAUAAAAAGGGAAUUGAUUUCAUAGUCAUUAAUUUUGAUGAAUUGUACUUAGAAGGCUAAAUAGGAAUGUAUAAAUUAAGAAAAGCAAUUACUUCAGUAAAGGAUGUUAACAACUAAACCUAUUAAAUUGACAUUGGAAGAGAAAUAAAAACUAAUAAAGUAAUGUUAAGAAAUUAGAGAUUAAUAUGAAAAUUAGAAUAUUGGAAAUUUUGAAAAAGUUUAUCCAUUAGAAUAAUACGAAGAAGAUUAUGAUAAAUUUAUAGAACAUGCAGGUUUAUUAUAUUAAGAAUCUACAGGAGCAAGUAAGUAUAUUAAAAUAUAAUUAGAUAUAAAAAAGAUAUAAUAAUAAUAAUAAUAAUAAUAAUAAUAAUAAUAAUAAUAAUCAUUUAAAAGAAUUGAAAAACCUGAAAUGAAAUCAGAAUGUACUUUAAGACCUUAAGAAUAUAGAUCUGAAACUAAAAUCUUAGAAUAAAGAACAGAAAUUGUUAGAUUAAAAAGUGAAAAAUCUUCAGGAAUGAAAAGAAUACUAAAAAAAGAACAUUCAACUACUCUUUUAGCUGAUGAUACUAUCAGAAAUAUAAGAUUAGCAAGUUUAAAACCUCAAUAAAGAGCUAUUUUAAAAUAGGAUACUGUGAGAAAAAACUUUAAACUUCCUGUCAGUUAAGGUACUUUUGUAACACCUAAAUUAUUUAUGAUUACUGAGAAUAAUAAAAAUAGUAAUUAUCCUUAUUGA